AUGGUCACUGCAAAAAAAGUUUGUGUUUUAAGUUUAUGGUUUGCAAUAGUUUGUAAUUAUGUGGAUGCUGGUCCAAGAGUAAGACCUGUUGCAGGUCCUGAUAUCUACAGAGGUAAAAAUGUGGCCAAAGAUUCUCUUGCUCCUGGUGAGAAAGUUGUUAAUGUGAUGAGUUUUGGAGCAAAACCAGAUGGAAAAUUUGAUUGCACUCAGGCUUUCAUGAACGCAUGGAAAGAAGCCUGUCAUUCCAAUGUACAAUCCCGACUUCUAGUCCCUCAAGGAACAUUCCUGGUUUCAACAAUGUUCUUUGCAGGCCCAUGUCAAACUCCCGGACCCAUAACAUUUCAAGUUAUAGGCACAGUUUUAGCCACAGCAGACAUUAGCGAGUACGUGAAUGGCGAAUGGCUCAUGUUUCGCAACGUAGCAGGCAUUAAACUUAUCGGCGGAGGUACCUUCGAUGGACAAGGUAAAAGUACAUGGGAUUUUGCUAUAAAUUGUGAAGCUGAUUCAGCUGACCAAUGUGUUAGGGCUCCAAGUAGCCUUCAUUUCAAUAAUGUUUCAAACGGAAUUAUACAGAACAUAAAAUCGGUAAAUCCAAAAGGGUUUCACUUUUUUGUUACUAACUCCGCAAAUAUUAGACUUCGAUUACUUAAGCUCACCGCGCCAAAUACUAGCCCAAAUACCGAUGGUCUUCACAUAAGUCAUUCAAUAAACAUAAAAAUAUCAAAAAGUACUAUCGAAACGGGAGAUGAUUGCGUCUCCAUGAUUCAAGGAGUUAACCAAGUUUCCAUCAACAGAAUCAAGUGUGGUCCAGGACACGGUAUCAGUAUAGGAAGUCUCGGAAAGUAUCCAGAUGAGCUAGAGGUGAAAGAUGUUCGAGUAAUGAGGAGCACAUUAACCGGCACAGACAAUGGUCUAAGAAUCAAAACAUGGCCAGAUAAGUAUCGAGGAGCCGCAUCACAAAUCACUUUCAGUAACAUCACUAUGGAAAAUGUUAAAAAUCCUAUCAUCAUUGACCAAGAGUAUGAAUGUGAUCCAAACUGCCAAAAAAAGCCUUCACUUGUAAAGGUAAGCGAUGUCGUUUUUCAAAAUAUAAAAGGAACAACAAUUAGUCCAAUUGCAGUGGAUUUAAGGUGUAGCAAGCAAUUUCCUUGCCAAAAUGUUAAACUUCAAAACAUAGAUCUCCAACUUGGUGCUACUCCUGCUGGCUCUAGAUGUGCCAACAUCAAACCUAUCUAUCUUGGUUUGCAAAAACCACCACCAUGUCCAUAA